AUGGAUGACGGAGGGAUGAGUGAAGGAUCGUUUCCUGAACGAUCCAAGGUUGAGGAAGCAGAUGAUGAAAGCUCCAAUGACGACACUUGGGAAGCAGAAGCUGCAUGUGGUAAUGAUGAAGAAGGUGGUGGUGGAGGUCAUGAAGCACCUGCAAGUGGAGGUGAUGAAGAAGGUGAUGGUGGAUUUGAUGAAGAAGCUGCUGGUGGAGCUGCUGAAGACCCUGCAGGUGCAUUUAAUGAACAACCAGGAGAUGACGAACCUGCGCAUGAAGAUGAGAAAGUUUCAGCAUCUCAUCAUCCAAGUGUUUGUAUUGAAAUUGAUGAUGAUGGUGAUGAUGAUGAAGGGGAGGUACCAUUGGCGAUCCCCCCUUUGCACAGUUUUGUUGGUGAUCCAACCACUAUUGUCGAUGUUGACCAAUUGUACUAUGCAGUCAACGUAAGAGACACUGUACACAGGCUGAAAAUCUUCAACGAUUUUUUUGCAUCUUGUACAAUAGACUGGAAGGGAGUAUUGGACCUUUGUCUGUUGAAUAAGCAAAUAUCUCAUCCCAACCAAACUUACAUGAUUGUGGAGUUAUAA